AUGGCAUCGAGUAUUCAGGAAUGGAAAGGCAAGGCAAUUUGUGUGGUGACUAGUGACGGUCGCACAAUCAUGGGGGAUCUUGUGGGGAAUGAUCAAGUUCAAAAUGUCAUCUUGGAAGAUGCACAAGAAAGGAUCUAUUCAAACGAUGCACCUGUGGAAACGGUUGAAUUGGGAUUGUAUGUGAUUCGAGGUGACAAUGUAUGCAUGAUUGCAGAUUAUGACAAGGAGAAGCUAGUUGAUACUGCAGCACCACCCCUUCCCACCAUACUGCAGCAACAACACUAA